AUGCCCGACGCUGCGGCGCUGUGGGCGAAUUUGCUGGAGAGCGCGCGUGCGCAGGAUGCGGCGCCGCGCACAGUGGUUGUGCUGGGCGAGCCUGGCACGGGCAAAUCGACGCUCCUGCACGGCCUGUGUGGUGCGGAGUCAAACGCAAGUGUACUUUCCUACGUGCAUACGUCGCUGGACAAGGAGCAACUGCACAAUGUAGGCAUCUAUACAUUGCACUCGUCAGACGACGCGGUGCUGUCUACGCUGCCGUAUGCAUUUCCUCCGGUAGAACGUGGUGACGCACCGUCUGCGUCGUUGGAGCGCAUGCGCAAUGCCGUGUUUCUCCUCGUGCUGGACACGAGCGCGCCGUGGUCCGUGCUGGCGCAACUCAAGGUAUGGCUUGCUAGCAUUCGCAGUUUGGUCGACACAGCGCAUGCAGACGAUGCGCCUAGCGUGCGUGCAGACAUGCGCACCCAGUUAUCCUCUUCCUUCGCGCAAGCACCACUCACCGACGGCAUGCUCACUACAAACCUAGGCGUCCGCCUAGUGCUGGUGCUGACCAAAACCGAUGCGGCAGCCGCGCUCGUCAAGGAGAAUCGCGUGCGCGAGGAGCAGCUUGAAUACAUGGUGCAGGUUCUACGUACGGUGGCGCUUGCAUACGGCGCGGGCGUCCUUGGUACAUCACAGGCACACCCCGCAUCGAUGGAUACGCUGCGCAGCUAUCUUGAUCACCUUCUCUUUUCUGUAGCACUGCCGUGGGACGAGCACGCAUCGAGCGCGGAUCUAGCGGGUUUGUGCAUCCCUGCAGGCUGGGAUUCCUGGAGCAAGAUCCAGGUGCUGGACGAGUCAUUCCAGUGCGACGCAUAUGCGCACGCGUGGGCAGAAGCGAUGGAGGGCCGCGGCACGCUCCUGGAUGCGCACGCAGACAAGAUGCCUCCGCCGCCGACAUCGGCCGCGCAUAUGCACAGCGAAGUGCCCAUGCCGGAUACACAAGCGUUUCUCGCGCAGCUCCGCGCGCAGCAGUCGUCUAGCGAGGCGGCAGCGUCGCUGCAGUCGACGCUGGACAUGCCCGCAGUCGGCGCCGCGAUCGCGGCACAGCAGGACAUGCGCCUCGAGACGCCACGCAAGCCACGCCGGAGCAUGCACAACGAUGUGUUGCACGCAGCGCGCGAUACGCCCAAUGCGACGACGCCAAAACAAACCGAGGUUCUCCACAGUUUCUUCCAGAGCCGUACGUCCCAGUGA